GUGACGCGACGUGACGUCGACUUGCGUGCAGGGCGGCUGCGUCUGGCUGCAGGAGAAGAUGGCCGUCUCCACAGGAGUUAAAGUUCCUCGUAAUUUUCGCUUGUUGGAAGAACUCGAAGAAGGACAAAAAGGAGUAGGCGAUGGUACAGUUAGCUGGGGCCUUGAAGAUGACGAAGAUAUGACACUUACAAGGUGGACAGGCAUGAUUAUUGGGCCACCAAGGGUGGAUGCACGGAGCAUACCAGUGUUAGCAAAAUGGCAAAAUUCAUAUAGCAUUAAAGUUGUACUUCAAGAGCUAAGACGUCUAAUGAUGUCCAAAGAAAAUAUGAAGCUUCCACAGCCUCCAGAAGGACAAACGUACAACAAUUAAUUUUAGUGGAUCUCAAACUUGUCUUAAGUCAACAACCUUCUACUCAUGUUAAUGUCUUGAUUAAGUAUCACAAUGCAAAAUACCCACACAUUAAGUCAAAGAAUUCCAGCUGGUAAACAUGACCCGGACAUUUGUAAGAAUACACUUAAUACAUGUACACUCAUUAUGUUUUCAGGUCACAGGUGGAAAAAUGCAGCACUUCUCUCUUAUCAAGGCACUGCCAUUUAAGCAUAAACCUGGAGUACUCAAAAUAGAAUUCAGGUUUACAAGAUGAUAGCUUGCUGGAGAAGUGCCAGGUUGCGGUGGAAGGAUGUAUUGUUCUGAAAACUAGUCUCCAGGAGGAAACUAUCAAGGGCAUGCUUUAUCCAUCUUGCUUAGUGAAAGAGCUGCAGUUUAAAUUGUUUAAAGUAGCAGGUACAAUGAAUAUUGUCGCAAUUGUGUUAAUUUUUGAAGCGGUGUGGGUUCUGACUACUAGUAGUAUCAAAAAAUAUGUUCAAGAUUGUUUUGAUACCUGUAUUUAUAAUAAAAAAAAAGUGGGAGGAGUCGAUGAAUUUCUGUUACAAGCUGUUUCUGCGUGUUACAUGUAACAAACAUGGUAAAUGUGUGUUUACAGUCUUUAACAAACCAUGCAUUUAAGUUUUAGUGAAACCAACAAAAAAGAAACAGGUGUAUGGAUAUGUGAUUUUGAGAUGAAAGUUCAUCUUAAAAUAUAAAUAAAAUGUGGAAAGUGUGUCAGAGACUGUGCCAUUUCUAUUAUAUUGAUAUAUAUAUCUACAGUACUUUUCACAGGUAACAAAAAUCAGAAUUAUAUAGCUUUUCAUCUAUACACACCUUUUACUAUUUAUCCUGUUUUGUAUCCUUCUUGUGAAUUGGAAUUUUGCAGAGUAUUUCAAAGAAUAAAUUACCUAAUUAGUUUAAUUUCUUUUUUGGAGAAGGAGGAAUCCCAGGAAUUAAUAUUUUGAAUUUGAUUUCACCAGAAAUAUUAGUAAAAAGAUCUUUCAGUCCUAGCAGCUCUAUAAAAUUCAUAGAAUUAUAGAUUGCAGAUUAUCCAAAUAUACAUUCCAUUUUUUCUUAGAAGUUUUUUUUCCUUAUUUUCUUGUGAAGCUUCAGGUUAAUAGACUGGAGUAAUUUGAGACACUUCUCCCACAAUUAAUGCUUUUUAACACUAAAAUAGGAUUAAUUUUAUCCAUUCUGCCCAGCAUCCGAUCUAGCAAAUGUGUAAUUCUAAAGUUAAAGUUUAUUUAUGUUCUGCUUUUACCAAAGUGAGUUGAGGCUUUACAUCACUGUUUUUCACUUCAAAGGACUGGCUGGGUGUACUGCUUUGUUAAAGCUGUUGUUUUCUUAUGAAUCCACUGAAGACAAUAGAAAGGUAUUCGGGUAAAGUCUUCUUUAGUUUUGGCAAGCUUAACCAUCAUAUAAAGGAAACCAUGAUAGUCAAAAUACCAAAUUAGAUGUUCCUACUUUUUGCUUAUAAAGGGGAAAAAGUCAACCUUAGGUAUAAAAAUAUUUUAGCUACUUUUAUAGCACAAGGACAGAUUUCUCAAAAUAUACCCCUGUCAUGUUCUUGUCAAGCUCAUUUAAAGUUAAAGCUUUAAGCUACAUUUUCUUGGUCAAUAGUAUAUUAAAGUCAGGGACAUUUUGUCUAAACUAAUUUCAAAAUGCCUAUUCUCUUUUAGGUUAUCAAAGAUGUUUAAGAUGACAGAGAACAUACACAUACAAAUUAGUAAUGCAUGCGUAAGUUAUUAAAAUAGAUUUGAAAUCAACUAUUGAAAGAUAUUCUUAAUUUUUUUUAAAUGGUUGAAUAUGAGAUUGAAUUACCUUGACAGUAUAUAAAAAUCUGAUGGUAACUUAUGGUUGGAAUCAGUCUCAACUUUUUCCACUUUGAAAUAUGUCUUGUCAUACAUGGAAGCUUGUAACCAUUUGAGUGCUGUUCAAUUAUUUCUCUCGGUGGCCAAGAAUUUGGGUACCUUCAUCUCUGUCCUCUUUACUUUCCCUUUAUCCACCAUUGUGAAAGUGGUUUUUCCCCCAAAUGUAUGUUGUCUGAGUUGGCCCUGUGAUGUUUAUUUCCCCUCUUGUUUUGGGGAUUAUGGAUCUCUGUAGAAAUUUGCAUGCCAGUUUACCAGUUUUCAAAGCAGGAUAAUUUUGCAUGUCACAAUCAAAUGUAUAUGGCAAUCUAAGACACAUUGGUUGAUUAUAGGAAGCAAUUAAUAUAGAACCACUCUUAAUUAUAGUAGUGACAUAUCUAAGAGCAGUUUUGAAGCAAUUUUUCCUUUGUUUUGUAAAGUGGCUAAGGUUGUUAGGAGUGUGUGAUACUAACUUCUAAAUGAAUUGUAAGAUUGCCUUAGAUGUUUGUUUCAAAGGCUAGCAAGUGAGACCCUGAGGAUGAUCAUAUAUUAAUAAAUGACUACAAAAAUAAAAUUCUUGUUCUAUUAGGUCAGUGUUAUGCUUUAAUGAUUUUAAUUGGUUAGUAAUUCAUUUUCAGAAUGGAUAAUUUUUAAAAAUGUUUUUUCUAUUAUUUUAAAGUAAUGACAUUUGUUGUUAUGGGCUUGUUAUGUGCAACUUUACAAUAUUUUGGAACAUAAACAUUAGAAAGGAUAGUGGUAUUUCAGUCCUUUGAGUGUAAAAACAGAAAAUUUGUAAUGUAAAAUUGUCCUUUUAAAAGAAUUUAUGACACUUCAAAUUUGAGUAAUUGUUUACAGAAUGAAGUAGUUUGACAUGUUUUAUUAGAUAAUUCAUAAUGAAAACUAGUCCGGAUUACUUAAUAUGAAUACAUUUAUUUCAAUGUUAUUUCCCACUCAAUAUUUUUAUAAAAACAAACAAUGGGGAACAAAGUAUUGAUAAAUAUAUAUGAAAUUAAUAUUGUUUUGGAAUUUAGUGGACCCAGUUUGGUAUUAAUGCUUUUUUCCAUAAUAGGCUUGGUGAGUAUGGCUUUGGGUGGUUCUGGUGGGUACAUCAUGGAAAGACUUAAAGCAAUGAAUUGUAGACUUCAGUUUAGUCAAACCAUGUUAAGUCUUUUAAUGAGCACAUGGCUGUAUUCUAUGUACAUUUUAAAGGAUAUGAGUACUAACAAUAAAGUCUCAUAUGGGGGAUAUUUAAGGGAUGGACUCCCCCCGUCCCCCUCGCCCGGAUUUCCUUUUAUAAUUAUACAUUUCAGACAUAUUUAAGUGUAGAGUUACGGUAUCAUUUGUUGCUGGAAAGGGUGCAAAAGGCUUUAUAGUACUGAUUUUACUUUCUGAUAAAUAUCAGUGUAGUUUUCUAGUGCCACCUUGGUUGACUUUUGGUUAUUUUCACAAAAAGAUUCCAAUUAUCAAGGUUUUGAAAAAUUGUAUAUAUUUUGUAUAUAAAACAGAAACAUCGUAAAAAGGAAUGAAUGCAGUGUAUUGUAGAAUUGAUUGGAACAUUAGAGAUCAGUUCCCACCCAAGAUUGUGUUUUUAUAAUAAAAAAGGUGGAAAUGCAUGGGGAUAGAAUAUCUUUUAUGCUAAAAUUAAUCACGCCUUAUGGAAGUUUGCUAGAGUAGGUGAAAAUCUAACCAUAGUUCAUACUGAAAAUAAACGUACGCAUAAGUAUUUUCUGAGGAGAAAUUUAACAGAAGGCAUUGAUGAUACAGAAGAUAAAUGACAAGUCAAAAGCAUUGUUUUCUUAAUUGUAUGCGUUUUGGGAACUCAUGGAGUGAGUACAUGAUAACAUCACUGGAUAUGAAGAAAUCAACAUGGUAUUUAAAUCCUUAGUUGAAUAUUCUCAUCUAAAAAAAGAAAAUCAUCAUUUUUACAUGUAGCCCACGUUUUUUUUUCUGCUUGUUUAUUUAUGACAUCAGCAAUAAAAACCAGAUCUCACUUUUCUCAACUCAGAUUCCAGGGAAUCCUUUCUCAAGUGAAUAACUGACCAAAUGCCAUUAAGGGUGGUGCCGAAUGUACACUACGUUCUGCCACCACAUGUAGACUUAUUAUGUGAUUUCUUUUAUCUUGUCCUUGUUCAAUAAAAUAAGUAGGUAGUUUAAGUUUAUCUGGAAAUUUUGGUAGCUGAAAUAGUAUACAAAAGCAAAGCUAAUAUUCUACUUCCAAAUUAGAACUAACAGGUGGUACUAAGAAAUCCAUAGUAACAAGAAAGCUGUGCUUGGUAAAGAAACAAGUCAUUGAUUAUUGAUAGUGAAAACUUGGCAUUAGGCCAGGUCCUUGUCCAGACAGUGAUGGUCAGUGUGCCUUCAGCUCCACACUUUCAUCCAACCUUGGUGUCACGUGGACCCACAGCUGUCUGCCCACAUUGCUCUGCUUUGUAUUUAUUUGCAAAGCUAUUUCACCUACCCGGGUGGCAUUUCUGAACAUUACCUUACAGGUUCCAAACCUCUAUUCCCUGUCAAUACGUAUUCUUUCCCAAGCCUGGGAGUGUUCCCCACACAGAGCCAUCUCUUUUUGCAGAACGAGUGAGAUUUAGGUAAAAACUGCUAGAUUUUAUACCCCCAAAAUAUCCUCCAAAGUUCACAUCUUAAAUCUUCUCACUAAAAACUUCAAACUCAUUUCUCUCUUCCCCAAACUGUGUUUAUAAAGGGAAAUCUUUAGAUGAAGACAUUACAUUCCUGGAGAAGUGUCUGCCCUGAUGCUGUCACCAUAGUCAUGGAGCAGGCCAUAUUGCCACUGCCGUCUUCACCUGUGUGGGUGUCAGCAGAAUAUGAAGGAAGGGACAGGGUUGAGAGAGACAGCCUUUGUUAGAUAAUGGAAAUGCCAGGUUGUGG